GGAGUGCUGCUGUGUCUGGCCGGGCUGCGCUCACUUGUGUGGGUUGAGCUGGCAGAGGGGAAGGAAGGUGACGGCGGAGGAGAGAGGUGCUGGCUGCCUCUGGAUACCCGACAACGAGCUGCGCCGGCGGGAGGACUAACUUUGUGCUGAAAGUUAAACCAACUAGGAUAAUUUUAUAAGAAUUCAGUUGCACUUGGGGUCCUGCUGCCACGGACCAUGGCGAACACAACACAGAUCAACAAAGAUGAGCUGGAAGAAUUAAGAGAGGCCUUUGCUAAAGUUGAUCUGGACGGCAGUGGAUACAUCUCAGAUUAUGAGCUUCAUUUUCUAUUUAAGGAAGCCAACCUUCCGCUUCCUGGAUACAAAGUGCGAGAGAUCAUUCAGAAGCUGAUGAAUGAGGGCGACAAAAAUAAGGAUGGGAAGAUAUGCUUUGAAGAAUUUGUUUUUGUUGUACAAGAACUCAAGAGCAGCGACAUUGCCAAAACAUUCCGGAAAGCAAUCAACCGCAAAGAAGGAAUUUGUGCAAUUGGAGGCACCUCAGAGUUGUCUAGUGAGGGGACGCAACAUUCAUAUUCUGAGGAGGAAAAAUAUGCCUUUGUCAACUGGAUAAAUAAAGCCUUAGAAAAUGACCCAGACUGCAAACAUGUCCUUCCCAUGAAUCCAAACACCAAUGACCUAUUCCGGGCACUUGCAGAUGGCAUUGUGCUUUGUAAAAUGAUUAACUUGUCUGUCCCUGACACUAUUGAUGAAAGAGCAAUUAACAAGAAGAAACUAACUGCUUUCACCAUCCAGGAAAAUUUGAACUUGGCAUUGAACUCUGCUUCUGCCAUUGGAUGUCAUGUGGUUAACAUUGGAGCAGAAGACUUGAAGGCUGGAAAGCCUCACCUGGUCCUGGGGCUCCUGUGGCAGAUUAUUAAAAUUGGUUUGUUUGCGGACAUUGAGCUCAGCAGAAAUGAAGCGUUGGCUGCCUUGCUUCGUGAUGGAGAGACCUUGGAGGAUCUGAUGAAAUUGUCCCCUGAAGAGCUGCUGCUGAGAUGGGCCAACUUCCAUCUGGAGAACGCUGGCUGGCAGAAGAUCAAUAACUUUAGCUCAGACAUUAAGGAUUCCAGAGCCUAUUUCCAUCUGCUCAGCCAGAUUGCACCCAAAGGACAAAAGGAAAAUGAAGAGAGGAUUGAUAUCAGCAUGUCUGGGUUCAGUGAAAAGGAUGAUUUGAAGAGGGCAGAGUACAUGCUCCAACAGGCAGACCGGCUUGGCUGCAGACAGUUUGUUACUCCUGCUGAUGUCGUUUGUGGAAAUCCAAAAUUAAACUUGGCCUUUGUGGCCAAUCUGUUCAAUAAAUACCCGGCACUUACCAAACCUGAGAACCAAGAUAUUGACUGGACACUCAUUGAAGGGGAAAAUCGAGAGGAACGAACAUUCCGUAACUGGAUGAACUCGCUUGGAGUAAAUCCUCAUGUGAACCACUUGUACAAUGACCUACAAGACUCUCUAGUAAUUUUACAAUUAUACGAGAAGAUUAAGGUUCCUGUUGACUGGAGUAAAGUAAACAAGCCCCCAUAUCCCAAACUUGGAGCCAACAUGAAAAAGCUCGAGAACUGUAAUUAUGCAGUUGACCUGGGAAAAAGUCCUGCUAAAUUCUCAUUAGUGGGUAUCGGAGGGCAGGACCUUAAUGAUGGAAACCCAACUCUCACACUUGCACUAGUCUGGCAACUCAUGAGAAGGUAUACAUUGAAUAUGCUGGAGGAUCUGGGUGAUGGUGCCAAGGCAAAUGAUGAAAUUAUUGUCAACUGGGUGAACCACACUUUGGCUGACGCUGGGAAGACCUCAUCUAUUCAGAAUUUUAAGGACAAAGCCAUCAGCACUAGUCUUCCUGUAGUGGACCUGAUUGAUGCUAUACAGCCCGGCAGUAUUAAUUAUGACCUUGUAAAGACCGGUUCACUCUCGGAUGAAGACAAACAAGAGAAUGCCAAAUAUGCUGUGUCCAUGGCUAGAAGAAUUGGAGCACGAGUAUAUGCCCUUCCUGAUGACAUUGUGGAAGUGAAGCCCAAGAUGGUUAUGACAAUGUUUGCUUGUUUGAUGGGCAGAGGGAUGAAGAAGGUGUAACUGUACUUGUUUUCAGCUGUGGAGGAGUGUGAGACUCACAGGGUGUAUGGCUUGCAGUCCGAGGCCUUUCCGUACUGCCAACAUAAGAACUUUUUUGAUGGUGGCAAGACUUUCUUCAGGUUUGCUUCGCAACAUUAGAAACCUCCCGAUUCUCAGGAAGAGGCACUGUAUGCCACAAGUGCUCUUUCUCAGCUGAACCUUCAGAAUCAUACCAAAAUGCAUUCAAGCUUGGACCACUCGUGACCUUAUUAUUUUGCUCUUUGAUCUUCCGCUUUAGAAAUUCCAAGCAAUACAUUUGAAGGCAUGUCAUGGCAAAAGUGCAAUAAAUACUUUGUUGCCUUUACUCCUGCAGGGCUUCAACAUGCCUGAAAGAAAGCAGUCUUGAUUACUCAACCAGUUAGAUUUAACUUUUAUUUCUCUUAUUGCAGUAUGGGAGAAUCUCAAUAAAUAACUUCUUUGGGCCAUAACAUUUUAAAUUAGUUUCUCAAAGCAAACCCGUGCUUUUGUUAAUGUAGGGUAAAGCAACAAGUUGUCUAACCCCCCCCCCCCCCCCAAACAACACAUACUGGCCUUUUUCUUACUCCCCACUGCGCUGUUCAGCUGCUGGAAGCAAAGUCGGCGCUGGUACUUGUGGGUAUGGAGGAGCAUGUGACUCGCUCCAUGUGAUGGCACCAGGCCAUUCACAAAGCGCCAUCACACAGGGUAAGAACAUUGCCCUUUGGAAACUAUGACUUAAGUACAUUUUUUAUUUACACAAGGUGGCUUCCUCCCCCGGCAGUUGAAUAGCGUUGUGCAGUACAGCAAUGUACAAUACCUAAUUAUAUUAGUUUUCAUUAGCCUGAAUCCUACAAACAAAUGGUUGAUUAGAUGCUGUGAAUGUUAAUGCUAUUCAGUCGUCCAGAAGUCCCAAUCUUAUAGUACAGUGAAGUAAAUUGUGCACCCACGGUUUCUGCAACUGCUUCAUGAAUCUUAAAGGAAAAAUACAGGGUCCCAUUGCUUUACAUACCUCUGGAAAUGAUGCUUGUCUGUUUGUCCUAAUAAUCCUCUGGCUCCAUUAGUUUAAGCCAAUCACAGGGAACAAGUGAGCGACUAUUAAUGCCAGGAGUCCUGAUAUUCGUGCUUGUUCUAGGUUAGCAAGCCAAAAAGCAUUGAAGCCGGGGAGAAAAAUGAUAACUUGAACCUAAAAGGAACAUCAUGUUUUCACCUGUUUGUACAGAUUGGGGAGUUACUUUUCUCUUAUUUGUACAUGUACUCUGGAAAUUUGUUAACUUUACAAAUUAUGUCACUAAAAAGAAAAAAAAAAAUUAUUUGUCUGCUCAAACAAGACUGAGCAAUGUACACCUUGGCAACUCUAAUGGGCAUAACAAGGCCUACUGGGCUGCUAAAACACCUUCAUGCUUUCUUGGUAGUCCUGUUUUGUGGUCUAGGCUUAGUCUGUCCUAUAGUAGCCAGUUGCCUUUCUUUGGUAGGAGUCAAAGUGGCCGCUUCCACUGUGACAGUCAUCUGUGAAACAUUCUGGAAAUAAUAUUCUAAACACAUUUACACUUCUAACUAAAACAUAGGACACCUUUUGCUUUUCUUCGUUUUUCUGUUUGCUUAUAUCAUUCCUGGUUUUUAUUUUGCAAAUGUGAUUGAUAGUUUAACAUGAAUGCAUUUUUGUGUGUAUCUUGGUUCAAACUUCAUACAUUACCAUUUUUUUUGUAUAAGGCCUGCAUGAACAUUUAUUUUUUGUAACAAUUUUUAUUUAAAAGUUCUAUAUACUCUCAAACUGACCUGUUUUAUCUGGAAUUGCUGGUUUCAUUCCUGCCGAGGACCAUACACUGCAUAGCAGUAUGUAUUUGCAUAUGAGAAAAAAAGGGCCAAAGAAUUAAGUUACUUUAACAUCUAUAUUUGCAUAUAUUUAUAUAGCUUUGGCGACCUGUUUGCUAGAUUUUUACGAUCAUGCUGCUAUUUUAUGCUGUUGAAAAAUGAUAUGAUGGCAAAGCAGAACUCAAAUAAAGAAACUGUUUCAGCAUG